AUUUAUUUUUCUUUUAUCAAAUUUCCUAUAAUUGAAAGAAUAUAUAUUGUACAUAAAAAAUAUAUUUUAUAGUUAAAAUAUAGUAUAGUUUUAUAUAGUUAAAGUAUAAAACAAUACACAUACAAUAAAAAUAAAAUUUGAAAAAAAAAAUUAUUAAAAAUAUAAAGUUAUUAAUUAAAAAAAUUGAUUUUUCAUUAUUAAAUUAUUAUAUAUUAGAAAAUGAUAAAAAAUUUACAAAUGUACAAAUAUAAUUUAAAUAUAAUAUUAAAUUAAAAUAUAAUUUAAAUUAUAUAUGAAAUUAGUUUAAUUAUUAUAUAUAAAAUCAGUAUUAUUGCAAAUAAUAACUUAUUAUUAUGUUUAUAUUUUUAUAGUACUUUCAUACAUAUAUAGUUACAUAAAUUUAGUUUAGUGUAGAGGUUACGAGAGAUAAUUAGUUAUACUACGUUAAGAUAAUGUAGUUUAAAUUCAUAUAGUAUAAUUCUAGAAACAGAUGAUUAUUUUAGAAGUACAAAUGAUAAUUUACUAUGUGAAAAAUAUAUGUAUUCUAUAGAGAUAAAUCUUAUCUUAAAUUAAUGCCAAUGUGUGUGAGUUGUGAAUAAUUUUCAGAAUUUAACAGAAAAAUAUUUUUCAUUGUUAUUUUGUAAAGUUUUACUUUUAAAAUUAAAUAUGUUGCGAUUUGUAAGCCGAAAAUUACGUUCAACUCAAGUGUUUAAUAAAACUUUAAAAUUGAAUACUAAACAAACAAGAAAUUUAAAUUUACUUGAAUACCAGAGCAAAGAACUUUUAAGAGAUUGUGGAGUUUCUGUACAAAAUUUUGCUAUUGUAGAUGAUUUAAAUAAAGCAAAUUCUGCUUUACAAAAUUUACAUGCAAAUGAAUAUGUUAUAAAAGCUCAAGUAUUAGCUGGUGGUCGUGGAAAAGGAUGGUUUGAUAAUGGUUUCAAAGGAGGUGUACAUCUUACAAAGGAUCGUAAAGCUGUUAUAGAUGUUGUGAAAAAUAUGUUAGGUCAUCGUCUUUUUACAAAACAGACUUCAGAAGAUGGUAUAUUAGUACAAAAAAUUAUGAUAGCAGAGUCUGUAAAUAUUGCACGUGAAACAUAUAUUUGUAUUCUUAUGGAUAGACAAUAUAAUGGUCCUGUAUUAAUAGCUUCACCAGCAGGUGGUAUGGAUAUUGAAACAGUUGCUGAAAAAAAUCCAGAAUUAAUAAAAACAAUACCUCUUGAUAUAUAUUAUGGAAUUGAUGAUGAAAUCGCUAAAGAUGUUAGCAUAUUUCUUGGUUUUAUGGAUCCAACAGUACAACAGAAGGCAAUAUAUGAAUUAAAAAAUUUGUGGAAACUAUUUGUAGAUAUUGAUGCCUUACAAGUUGAAAUUAAUCCAUUGGUUGAAACUACAGAUAACCAAGUUAUAGCAGUAGAUGCAAAAAUAUCAUUUGAUGAUAAUGCUCAAUUUAGACAACAAGAUUUAUUUGCUUUAGAGGAUAAUGAUACAAAAGAUCCUAGAGAAGCAGAUGCAUUGAGGUUCAAUUUGAAUUAUAUUGGUAUGGAUGGCAAUAUAGGAUGUUUAGUCAAUGGUGCUGGUUUAGCUAUGGCUACUAUGGAUAUAAUUAAAUUGAAUGGUGGAUCACCAGCAAAUUUUUUGGAUGUGGGUGGAAGUGUUAAAGAGGAUCAAGUUUAUCAAGCAUUUAGAAUUCUUAGUGAAGAUCCAAAAGUAAAAGUUAUUCUUGUAAAUGUAUUUGGAGGUAUUGUAAAUUGUGCUACAAUAGCAAAAGGGAUUAUUGCAGCAUCUCAUAAUUUACAACUCAAAAUUCCACUUGUCAUUAGACUAGAAGGUACUAACGUUACAGAAGCAAAGAAACUUCUUGCAGAGAGUAAUUUAUCAAUUAUAACAGCUAAUGAUUUAGAUGAAGCUGCAAAAAAAGCAGUUACUUUUGUGAAAACAUAAGUUUAUCAAGUUUCUUCUGAAUUGAAUUUUUUAAGACUGAGAAACUUUGAUUUAAAAAUAUUUAUAGAUGAUAUUAAAAUAUUUCAAAGAUUAAUUUUUUUUUAUUUCGUUUUAAUAUUGUUUAUUUUAGUUUAUUAUUUAUAGAUUAUUUGUUAAUUAUCUUUUGGUUGUAUCUUUUUUUAUAUGCUUGCAAAGUGGUAAUCCAUAUAUGAAAUUCAUUGUAUGAAUGAUUUAAUUAAAUAUUUUGUUAAUAUUAGUAAA